AUGCAAAUAUUGAAGAAGCUUCUACCCUUCUUUGCUGUGAUACUCUAUCCAAAAUUAGCCCAAUGUGUGAAGACUUGCCUAGCCGAGACGCCAGCUGAAAGCAAGACGGAAUUCAUUGGAAGAAGUGUUGUUGAAGACUUCGAAAAUGCCGAUUUUGACUUACGCACGAUGAAACAGUUUUUACUUCUCUUCGCUGAGCUGCUCUAUCCACAAUUAUCCCAAUGUGUCAAGACGUGCCUAUCCGAGGCUCCGUGUGAUUUGAAGUCGGAGGAAGUUAUUGGAAGAAAUGUGGCUGAAGACGUCGAAAGAGACAGUUUUGAAUUACGUACGAUGGAAGCAGCUUCUACUUUCCUUAGCUGA